AAGAUCCAAGAAAAUUUAUAAUUUUAAAAUCUAGCUACAACAAGAAAAUGACUAAAAGUAAAAAACGAAGCAGAUCUAAUGAUCGAGAGGACGACACAAAUAAGAGGCUGCGUAGGUUAGAAAAAAUGAUGGAAUUAUUUUUAGAUCUUCAAAAUGUAACAUCUAAAAAAGAUGAUGGUCAUUCCAAUAAAGAAAAUGUCCCUAACAAUCCAAAAGAUCAUGCUACGGUCAAUACAGGUCUUACUAACCCCGUUGAGGAGUCAGAGAAAUCAGAUCCUCAGCAAACUGAGGAAGCUGUAUCAGAUCCUACAAAAACUGUCACGCCAGUGGUUGAUUAUACAAAACAAGUGGAGUCCACAAGCGAAGUGACAAAACUUGAUGAAGAGUUGGAGGGCGUAUUAGGUGAAGACCCGACUAACCCAAAAAAGAAGGUAGUCAACGUGCACCCAAGCCUAGUUCCAAGAUGGUCAACAUGGCUUACAGAGGGAUUGCCCGAGGACACGAAGAAAGAGUUGAAAGAUAAAUAUCCACUCAACGGUAACGUACGUCUCGAGGCUCCUGAGCUAAAUGAGGAAAUUGUGUCUACGUUGAACGAGGCAGGAACGAAAAGAGAUCAGCUUUUCGUUGCAGAGCAGAACCUAGUAGGUUCAGCUUUAUCAGCCUUGGGAGAGGCCAUUACGAUGAUCCUAUAGGAUGAGGAGGAACUAGUUGAUCAACUCCAAUUGUUAGAGAAAUUGUCAGAUGGAGAAAAAUUACUGUCAUAACUGCACUUUCAAGUGUCUUCUGCCAGGAAAUCUUUUAUUGCGCCAGUUCUCACCAAGCCAAUGAAGGAGCUUUCACAAAAAAACAAAGCCAGGCACCUUACUCUACGGAGAAACACUAUCAGAGAAAAUAAAGACAGCAAAAUCGGUGGAAAAAAUUGGUAGAGAACUGAAAACUCCAUCAGCAGCAACAUCCUCGUUUGUCGCAAAGAAACCAGCUCAGAAACUAGCCUCUGGGAGGCCUUUAAACUGGCGGGGCCAGUAUGCGAGAAUGGGGACUCAGCAUCAAGGCCAGAAAUUCUCUCAAACGAACUACCCCAAAGCCGGACAAUACACCAGCAAGAAGACAUCCAGUAGCUCGUCGCAACAGUUGAGGUCCAGUCGGUUAUCACAGGGCGACAAGAAAAAAUAAAUGAUGAGGUUGCUGACACACCUAUUGGCGGAGCAGCUUACCCUGGUUGCAGGGAAGCUCUCAGGGAAACAUAUCAACGAAGAGGACUGCCAGAAGAAGCCCUGGACAUUCUAAUUUCCUCUUUAACGGACUCGACUAUUCAACAGUAUAAUUUAGCAUUAAAAAAAUGGUGGAAUUUUUGCAACAAAUUUAAAUUAGAACCUCUGGAGCCAGAGAUCAAGACGGUGCUAAAAUUUUUAGCAGCAAGGUUUGAACAGGGAGCCGCUUAUGGCACGUUAAAUACAGAGAGAUAAGCAAUCAACCUUCUGAGUUCAAUAGAUUUAGGUAAUGAUCCGUUAAUAGCUCGUUUCUUCAAAGGCGUGUUUAAAAUGCGUCCGCUAAAGCCUAAGUAUGACGUCAUUUGGAGUUCGGAGACAGUUCUUAAGUGGGCAGAAACACUGGAGCCUCUGGAGUCACUAGACUUGAAGUUUAUAACUCUCAAGUUAGUGUCUUUACUUGCGUUAGCGACAGCUCACAGAGUCCAGACAUUAUCGCUGAUUAAAAUAAAAAAUAUUGUAUUUUCGGAAGGUGGAGCAAAAAUCAAAAUAACAGAUCAUAUUAAAACGUCAAGAGUCGGAGUCGCACAACCGGUGUUUGUCCUGCCAUUCUUAGAUAGUAGAAAAUCUGCAUGCGUAGCCAGAGUCUUAAGGUUCUACAUCAAUCAAACAAAAGAUCUCAGAGGUAAAACGGAAAAUCUGUUCAUUACAUUUAAAAAACCAUAUCGCGAGGCUACAUCUCAAUCGAUUAGUCGAUGGAUUA